AUGGCGACACGACCAGCUCAUAUAGCGGGCACUAUAAGCCACGCCGGGAACCCAAGCACUGCAAGCGAUUUGUCGAGUUCGAGCCAGGAGGACAAGCCCGAGGAAACAUCAAAGCAGGCACUGGAAGCUCUGAUCGAAGAAAUACUCAUCUUUGAGGACAACGGCCUGAUGCCCGUAACCGGAUCGAUGAGAUAUCUUCUGCAACUCGUGGUCAAUUCCCAGAUUAUGCAGGUGCGUCUUGGCACUAGACAGGCCAUUUCAGUCAAAAAUGACGGCGGCGUCUGUGUCACUCGACAAGGAAGUUUUACGGGUUCAGACCGAUACGAUAUCGUGCCUGUCUUAUCUUUGGAGGCCAAAAGGCGAAGCGCAGGCGAGAUCCAUCGACCCAGUGGUGAGACGGAAGAGUGGACAACGCGUCCACUAGGUCAGGAGGUCGCUGAACUUCUAGGCCAAGCCACUGCUCAAUCCCUAGAACUUGAUGGGUGGAAAGACCAACAUGCCUUGGUCGCCAGCACGCACGGUACUGUCGUACGUUUGACCGCCGCAGACAUAAAAGAGUCGUAUCUUUCCCAUCUCAACAGCCCAACAAUGCCAAUAAGUGAGUGCUUGUUUGUGGUCAGAUCGCAGGGAUAUGAUUUGCGAACGCGGGAGGAGAGGGACGGUGCCUUACUAUUGUUUAUUGGAGUGAUCGAGUAUCUCAAGAGCGAACGCGCAAUAAUAGGUCAGCUCCAGGCAAUUCGUGGAGAGGCGAAGUAA